AUGCGAGGCCAACUUAGCGACUCCGAUCUGAACUGGGCCCUGGGAUACGCUUGCGACAUGGGCGACGAGGAUGCUGUCCGGGCGCUCCUUGCCGACGGCGCACCCGCAUCGGGGCCCAGCAACUACAAGCGGGAGACGCUCCCGGGCGCAUCAACACCCCUGCACAUCGCCGUCCACGCCCAGCACGCCGGCAUCGUGGAGUGCCUCGCAGAGAAGGGGGCCGACCUCGACGCGCGGGACGAGGCCGGGAGGACGCCGCUGCACUACGCGGCGGCGCGGGACGUAGUGGGGAUGCUGCUCAAGCUGGGGGCCGCUGUGGACGUGCGCGACAACGCGGGGGAGACGCCGCUGGACGCGGCCGUGAGAGAGCGCCGCCACGCCGCCGUCGUCGCGCUGCUGGCCAAGGGCGCCCAGCCGACCCAGCCCAUCGCCCCGAAGCUGACGCCCAGGUGGGUUAGGCAGGUGAACAUGCUCGGAGGGAGUACGCAACGCGUGCAGCCGAACAAUCUCAGGGGUCUUCAACCCUUUACGAUGCAGUACUGGUCGCGCGACACUUGA